UUGACUGAUGUCAUCCAUGAACUCCAGCGGCCACGCCUCUUCCUCUUCUUCCCCCCAUAUGAUCGUCAUUCUCCACACGGCGUCUCUCCGCGGCCAUGGUAACAGCACCGUCUAACGGACUACUGCAGACAACAACAGAUACAAGUGCUUCUCUUUGAGACAGUUCCAGCACAGAAACCUUGUCCUCCGUUUAAGAUGAACCUGGCAGAGAUCUGUGACAACGCUAAGAAGGGCAGAGAGUAUGCUCUGCUGGGGAACUAUGACUCUUCUAUGGUCUACUACCAGGGAGUGAUCCAGCAGAUACAUAAACACAGCCAAGCCCUCAGAGACCCUGCACUCAAAGUCAAGUGGCAACAGGUGAGACAGGAGUUGUUGGAGGAGUAUGAGCAGGUGAAAGGCAUUGUGGGAACUCUGGAGAGUUUUAAGGUGGACAAGCCAGCUGACUUCCCCGUCCCUCAGUCUGAGGAGGGGCCCAGAGACCCUGCAGUGUGGCCCCCACCCACCCCUGCAGAGCACAGGGCCCCUACUGCAGUGAAGCGUCCUAACAGUGGGGUGAAACCCCAGCAGAGGAAGGACUCUCCAGGUAUGCAGCCCAGAGGGGCUCCGGGAGGGAGGGGCCAGACCAACCCUAAAACAGACCGCCCCGCCCCCAGGGAUGCCCCCCGAGGCACCAAGGUCAGAGAUGACAAGGGUAAAAAGGCUGUAGCAGAGGGAGCAGGGGAUGGAGAGCUGAAGAAGUUUGAUGGUUCGGGGUACGACAGUGACUUAGUGGAGGCGCUGGAGAGAGACAUCGUCUCCCGCAACCCCAACAUACACUGGGGGGACAUCGCUGACCUGGAAGAUGCUAAGAAGCUGCUGAGAGAAGCGGUGGUUCUGCCCAUGUGGAUGCCAGACUUCUUCAAGGGUAUACGCAGACCCUGGAAGGGUGUGUUGAUGGUGGGCCCACCAGGGACAGGAAAGACCAUGCUGGCUAAAGCCGUGGCUACAGAGUGUGGCACCACCUUCUUCAACGUCUCCUCCUCCACACUCACCUCCAAAUACAGAGGAGAGUCUGAGAAACUGGUUCGCCUGCUCUUUGAGAUGGCGAGGUUCUAUGCCCCGACCACCAUCUUCAUAGAUGAGAUAGACUCCAUUUGUGGGAGUCGAGGGAAGUCGGACGAACACGAAGCCAGCCGCAGAGUCAAGUCAGAAAUACUGGUACAGAUGGACGGUGUGGGGGGAGCUUCAGAGAAUGACGAUCCCUCUAAGAUGGUGAUGGUUCUGGCUGCUACUAACUUCCCCUGGGACAUCGACGAGGCACUACGGAGACGACUGGAGAAGAGAAUCUACAUCCCACUGCCUACAGCUGUGGGUCGUGCUGAACUGCUGGGGAUCAGUCUAAAGGAGGUGGAUGUGGCUGAUGAUGUGGACCUGGCUCUCAUCGCUGACAAGAUAGACGGAUACUCUGGAGCUGACAUCACCAACGUCUGCAGAGAUGCGUCUAUGAUGGCUAUGCGUCGGCGUAUCCAGGGCCUCUCUCCAGAGGAGAUCAGAGCUCUGUCUAAAGAAGAGCUUCAGAUGCCUGUCACCAUGGACGACUUCACAAUCACCUUGAAGAAGAUCUCCAAGUCUGUCUCCGCUGCCGACUUGGAGAAGUACCAGGCCUGGAUGGAGGAGUUUGGAUCUGUCUAGGAGAGAGGACACAGCAUCAGGAGUGGAAGAAAGGACUGUAAGAGCAGAGUGGGAAAGGACCAGUGGGGAUUGGAGGGGGAGAGGACCAGUGGGGAUUGGAGAGGGAGAGCAGAGUGUGAGAGGACCAGUGGGGAUUGGAGUGGGAGAGGACCAGUGGGGAUUGGAGAGGGAGAGCAGAGUGUGAGAGGACCAGUGGGGAUUGGAGUGUGAGAGGACCAGUGGGGAUUGGAGUGGGAGAGGACCAGGAGAAAGAGACAUGUAUGUGAAGUGUAGAGGAACUAGAGGAGGUUGUGACUGGUGAAGAACUAGAGGACAAGAGUGUGAGCCGAGAGGAUGGAAGUGUGUAAAGCGGAGACGAAUGGACUGGAGUGUUUGGCUGAGAUUUUAAAGGGUACAUCUCAAUAGUCUAAAGAUGCUUCCUCUCUUGGUCUCCUUCUCCUCGGCUCUUCAUCUCCUUGUCUUCCUCUGUAUCUGUUGGUCCAUCCAUCCCUCCCUACACUCACUAUGCCUCUGUGUCUGGAGAUGGAGUCUAAAAUGGCAUCUAAAAUGGCACCCUAUACCCUAUAUAGUGCACUAGGGGUCAGGUCAAAAGUAGGGCACUAUAUAGGGAAUAGGGUGCCAUUUUGGAUGCAGUCUGUGAAACUCUUCACAGACGCCUUGGACUGAUACUUGAAUGGACACCUACAGACACUAACCACCACACACAUUCACCAGGAGAUGAAAUGGAUCUGAACAGGUUGGUUGAAUGGUUCAGCUGUUCGUUUGACCACCUAGCUAUCACAGUGUCUGGACAUGUAGAUAAUACACUGAACAAAAAUCUAAACGCAACAAUUUCAAAGAUUUGACAGAGUUACAGUUCAUAUAAGGAAAUCAGUCCAUUUAAAUCAAUUCAUUAAGCCCUAGUACAUGGAUUUCACAUGACUGGGAAUACAGAUAGGCAUCACAGAUAUCUUAUGGAUCAGAACCAGUCAGUAUCUGGUGUGACCACCAUUUGCCUCAUGAAGCACGUCACAUCUCCUUCACAUAGAGUUGAUGAGGCUGUUGAUUGUGGCCUGAGGGAAGUUGUCCCACUCCUCUUCAAUAGCUGUGCGAAGUUGCUGGAUGUUAGCUGCAACUGGAACACGCUGUCGUACAUGUCAAUCCAGAGCAUCCCAAACAUGCUCAAUGGGUGAGAUGUCUGGUGAGUAUGCAGGCUACGGAGGAACUGGGACAUUUUCAGCCUCCAGAAAUUGAAUACAGAUCAUGCUGAAACAUGAGGUGAUGGCGGUGGAUGAAUGGCACAACAAUGAGCCUCAGGAUCUCAUCAUACCCAUGGGGCACUCUGUUCACAUCGUUGACAUCAGCAAACCGCUCGCCAACACAACGCCAUACAUGUGGUCUGUGGGACCGCUUGGAUGUACUGCCAAAUCUCUAAAAUGACGUUGGAGGCAGCUUAUAGUAGAGAAAUAAACAUUAAAAUAUCUAGCAACAGCUCUGGUGGACAUUCCUGCAGUAAGCGUGCCAAUUGCACGCUCCCUCAAAAUCUGUGGCAUUGUGUUGUUACAAAACUGCACAUUUUAGAGUGGCCUUUUAUUGUUCCCAGCACAAGGUGCACCCGUGUAAUGAUCAUGCUGUUUGAUCAGCUUCUUGAUAUGCCACAACUGUCAGGUGGAUGGAUUAUAUUGGCAAAGCAGAAAUGCUCACUAACAGGGAUGAAAACAAAGAGAGAGAAUAAGCUUUUUGUGCGUAUGGAACAUUUUAGGGAUCUUUUUAUUUCAGCUCAUGAAAUAUGGGACCAACACUUUACAUGUUGUGUUUAUAUUUUUGUUCAGUGUAGUUAGUAUACCUACUGUAACUAGUAUACUAGUUAGUUAGUGUAGCUACUGUAACAAGUAUACUAGUUAGUCAUCACUGAUGAACACUACUCACACAGAUUUUAUUAUUGAUCACUAAACUGUUGGAUGUUAUGUGUGCUUAUAACCCAGUACCACAGAAAGAGUCAGUGUAGUAGUGUGUAGGCGAAAAUGUGUGUGUGUGUGUGUGUGUGUCAUAUUUCAUCUGGAGACACUAACUAACCCUUCUUCAACUUAAGAGGCUCUACGUCUGGGGCGGUACAGAUUUUUUUUUUUAGUUUUUAAAAACUUCAUCUCAUUCCUUUUCUUUAGUAAUGUAGUUUUAAUUUAUAUGAAUUGUACGAAUGUUAUGAUUCACAUUCCUGAAUGUUUUCAGUGAAAAGGAAAAUGGAAUCUUGUCAUUGUGUUUUUAUUGUCUGAAGUUUUGGAGACACUGGAGAAGUAACAGCUGUAGUAUGGCUGUAUGUCUGAGUCCAAAAUGGGACCCUAUCGCCUAUGUACUGCUUUACAUAUGUCCGGCUCCCAUCCCAUAGGGACAACAAGUAGUGCACUGUAUAGGGAAUACAGCCAUUUAGGACAGAGUCCUAUGGGUUUUUCCAGUAGGCCUAAGACCAAGUCUAGUACAGCACAGGUACAGAGUUGUGAAUUAGAGGAGCUACCUCACUGUUUGGUGUUUUCACAUGUCAUCUGUCAUUGAUCAAAAUGAGAAUAUUAAAGUGUUGACAGAUA